UUUAUUAUAAUAAGUUUUUAAUCCAUUAGACAGUUAAAACAUGAUUUAUUUUUACCUGCGUUAUUUUGAGCGACUACAGAAAUGUUAUUAAAAAGAAUUGUGGGUUGUAUUUUCUUAUUAUCUCUUUUCGAUCCAAUAACGUGUGCGAAAAUUUUGGGAGUGUUUAUGGGAUUAGGCAGAAAUCAUUAUGCAUUAGGAAAAUCGUUCAUGUUGAAUUUGGUAGAGGCUGGACAUUCUUGCGUACUCAUCAGUAGAUAUUGCGAUGAAAGAAAUAAUGGUAGAAAUUACAGAGAGGUCAACAUUCGUGGUGAUGAGCACAGCGAUACACUUUUCAAAGCUACGAGGGAGGACAAUCAUAAUACACUUUAUGCCAUGCACAGAAUUUAUAAUAAUUCCAAGAGUAUAAUUCCAAAAGUUUUCGGAGAUUCUCAAGUUCAACAACUACUCAAUGAAACCUUCGACUUGGUAAUUAUUGAAGAGGUGUUUGUGGAUGCUCUGAAGGUAUUUGCAUGGCAUUUCAAAGCUCAUCUCAUAGUUUUUCAUCCACAUAGAUCCAACUUUUGGGUCAAUGACAAUAUGGGUAAUCCCUGUUUGCCGGCUUAUAUAUCAGAAUACCCUUCAACCUUCGGAGUCGCUAAGAACUUCAUCGAAAGGGUAGAAAAUGUGAUGCUAUAUGUUCUUCAGGUUGUAUUCAAAGAAUUUGUUUAUCUCAAGGAACAUAGUGAGAUAUCACAAAAAUAUUUUCCUUCUUCUCCUCAGCUAUCAGAUAUAGUUUACAACACCUCUUUAGCCUUUAUGAAUUCUGAUAUCUCCAUUCAUCAAUCUGUACCUACUCUACCUAAUAUGAUAGAUAUUGGAGGUUUUCAUAUAAAAAAUCCCAAGCCUUUGCCUAUUGAUGUUCUCAAAUUCUGCAACAAUUCAACAAAGGGUGUAGUUUUCAUCGAUAUGGAUUUUGUAACUAGUAGUUAUAUGCAUGAAAAUAUUCGUAAUUCGAUGAUGAAUGUGCUUUCUAAAUUACAUUAUAACGUUUUGUGGAUAUGGGAUGAAAUGAAUUUUCCGAAUAAACCAUCAAAUUUAAUGCUUCAAUAUACACUUCCACUGGGAGAUGUGCUAGCUCAUCCAAAUAUCAAGCUCUUCAUCCAUUUGGGGAAUAUGAAAGAUAUUAUAGAAAGUGUAUUCUAUGGCGUUCCCCAAUUAUUAAUUCCAGUUUUAGAUGAUCAAUUAUAUGAUACAGCUCAAGCCCAAUACUAUGGAUAUGCCAAACUAUUGCCUUAUUCGAAACUGAAUGAAAAGAGUUUUCACUCAGCUGUAGAAGAGAUUUUGAAUAAUACCAAAUACACUGAGGAAAGUCAGAGGAGAUCAAAGAUUCUCAAGGAAAAACCAAUUUCAUCAAAGAAAAUAGUAGCAUUUUGGAUUGACAAUGUUCUAAGGACAAAUGGAGCUUCUUAUAUGAGAGCAAGUUCCCUCGAUUAUCCCUGGUAUCAGUUAUAUUUGAUUGAUGUUUUGGGAAUGUUUUUUGGAAUUAUAUUGAUAGUAAUUCUCUUGUUGAAGAUGGUUAUAAACUUCAUCUGCAGAAUUUGUUGCAGGUGUAAAAGAAAAAAAGAUGUAAAUAGAAGUGCUUAUUCUUUAACAAGUAUAGCAGAAUAAAAAAUUGUGUUUUCUUAAGA